CUUAAAUUAUGGAAAGCGACGGAUGCUCCAGCGACAUCCAUAUCUCAAGUCAAGAAGAUAUUAUCAACCUCAAUUGCUCCUGCGAUGAUGCUCACAACGAUCAAAUUUACAUCACUAAUUUCACCGGCGAGCUUGAUUACCCGCAUUGCUCGAACUUACAAACUAUUGAUAUCCGUGGUAGCCCUGGGUUGAAAAAAAUAAGCUUCCCUGACCUGAAUCGCCUAGGCGAGCUCCUGAUACACGAUGCUACGGAGCUCGAAAAUAUUUCAUUACCAUAUCUGUACCCAAACUCCCCCGGAUAUAUUGAUCCCUAUUUUGAUUUGCUCGGUGCACCGAAUUUGAAGAAUGUCACCUUCGGAGACAUUACUGUUUUCUCAGAGCUCAAUCUAGCCAGCCGACACAUAUAUGAAUACUCAUUUUCCAAUAUAACCUCAAUUACUGCUCUGGUGGUGUGUUAUGACUAUCACUUUGAAAACCUCCGGUCGGUGGUGACCUUGCAAAUCGCAGGAAAUUAUAACCAGUACUUUGAAAUGUUGCGAAUGUUCUCGAACAUAACAUCACUCCAAACCCUGACAUUGACCGACGUCGGAGGAAACAUAUAUUUCGGUAACUCUUUGCUAGUUAAUAACUCUCUAAUAAUAGAGAAUUGUUACAGUAAUGUUAUCGGAUAUCUACCUAUCUAUGAUAUCAAGAAGAUUGAUUCUGUUGGGUCUGAUCUACGGGCAAGCAACAAUACAGUUACCGAGUUAAAUUUUCGCCAAUUGACAACUGUGAGCGGGGAUAUCUCUAUUUACAAUAAUACGAAUUGCACAUUAAAUUUAAACCAACUUUCGGAUGUUGCAUCAUUAUCUUUAGUCGAUAAUGUCAAUACUACCUUGCCUUGGUUUCCCCGGCUACAAAGAGCCAGCAAUAUUCACAUUCGAGGGUAUAUUGAUACUUCUCCCGGCCCUAAUAUUUUCCCAGCUUUGACAGCAGUAUCGGGAAAUGUCACCAUAGAAGCAUGGAACGACGACUUCAACUGUUCAAAGCUUGUGGACCAAUACCAAAGCGGCCUCAUUCAUAACCUGGCAUGCAAUGGGACCAACAACAUAACUGAAACCAAUACGGGAAGCUCUCCAGGCAAUACCUCGCCAGAGUUAUCUCAAGGGGCGUGGGCUGGUAUCGGAGUAGGCAUAGGAGUAUUUGUUAUAGGCACCGUUACCGGCAUGGUUUGGCUUCUUCUACGACUCAAACGGUGGAAAAAUGAGCUUAUUGAAAGAAUAAGACAACGAGAAGCCUUACAAGAACAUCAUAGGAAUAGCCUAGAGAUGAACCAUGAACCGCCGAAUCUGAACCUCCUAUUGGAAAGUGACGGUACGGGAAUCAUCCGGGAAAAGCCCGACGACCACCUUCGCGAGGCUGGUGGUAGAGCGAUCAUUGCUGAGCAUCCAGACGAUCAUAUACGUGAACUACCGGUGCCACCGGCAGAGCUAGAAGGGGCACCAAACGCGGGGAGAAGGACGUGA